CUUCGCCAAUGCGAAGCUAACCAGUUAGCAUCUAAUACGCGACGCAAGAAGCAACUCAGUCAGUGUUGACUAGUUUCUAUGGAGUGAAGAUGGCUCCUUUUCCCGACGAGGUGGAUGUUUUCACUGGCCCACACUGGCGAAUGAAACAGUUGGUGGGACUUUACUGCGAGAAGCUGUCACAGACCAACUUCUCCAACAACAAUGACUUCCGCUCAUUUCUUCAGUCGCUUUGUGCCACCUUCAAGGAGUUCAAGAUGCAUGAACAGAUUGAGAAUGAGUACAUCAUCGGUCUGUUGCAGCAGCGCAGCUGCAAUGUGUAUAAUGUACACUCCGACAACAAGCUCUCAGAGAUGUUGUCCCUGUUUGAGAAAGGGCUGAGAAGCGUUAAGAGUGAGUAUGAGCAGCUCAACUAUGCCCAGCAGCUGAAGGAAAGACUGGAGGCAUUCACACAGGACUUCUUACCCCACAUGAAGGAGGAGGAAGAGGUGUUCCAGCCCAUGCUGAUGCAGUACUUCACCUAUGAGGAGCUGAAAGACAUCAAGAAGCAGGUGAUAGCGCAGCACAGUAGCCAGCAGCGAUGGGACUGUGCAGCAGAGGUGCUGAAGGAGCUCAGUCUGUGGAGCCAGGCAGAGGUGCUGCACAAGGCCUUCAAGUAUGCUGACCACGAGAAGAUUGAUGAUGAAUUGGAGAAAGAGCCGUGCUCCACCCACAUCUCCCAGCUGCCCACAGAGAUCCUGCUGUGUCUGUUCCACUACCUGGGCCCUGUGGACCUGUGUCACUGUGGCCAGGUGUGCUCUGCCUGGUCUGACCUGGCCAAGACCGGCUCUCUGUGGAGACACCUCUACCCUGUACACUGGGCCAGAGGGGAUUACUAUCGCGGCCCCCCAGCUGAUCUGAACCAGGAGCUGGAUGAGGAGUGGGUGAAUAGUCGGCAGGAUGAGGGCAAAGCCUACCAGGAGUGGGAUGAGGACGCAGAUGUGGAUGAAUCUGAUGAGUCUUGUGAAGACUCCUUGGCUAUAAGCGCUGCUCAGAGGGAGAAGAAGCUACUGAAUGGAAUGAUCCAGAACCUUCUGCCAGCUGUGGGUUCCUCUGUCCGGUCCAUCGUUCUGGCCUAUAGCUCUACGGUCUCCAGUAAGAUGGUGCGUCAGAUCCUCAGUCUCUGUCCUAAUCUCACCCACCUGGACCUCACUCAGACUGAUGUCACAGACUCCGCCUUUGACAGUUGGUCAUCUCUGUGGGCGUGUCUCUCUCUGGAGCACCUGGACCUUUCAGGCUGUGAGAAGAUCACUGACCACACACUGAAGAAGCUGUCCUUGGGUUUGGGGGAUCUGGCAUCUCCCACAUGCUCUGAGAAACGCUCUGACCGGCGAGCCAAGCUUCUGAAGAGCCCUCCUUCUCCCAUCUGUCUGCUGGACAAGCGGAGCCUCCGUCCGACUGGGCACAGCCGGCAGGCCCUGAUCUUCAAGCAGUGGCCAGGGAGACUGGGCAGUGCCCCCUGCAGCCCCACCAGGGUCUGGGUCCUGGACCCCUCGGAGCUGGCCGACAUCGAGGACGCUGCGGAGUGGAACCGUCGCGGGGAAGUGUCUACCCCUGAGGGGCGGGGCUUUGUGGAGACUCGGCCAGGGGGAGUGUUGUGUUGCUGCAGGAGGAGUAGGAGGCGGGGCUUCAGGACUGGCUUUAGCACCUCCUACUGGCAGCAGCAGUAUGGGCUUGGGGAGGCCGGCUGUGGCCAUUCAACCUGCUGCACUGGUGAGACGGCCCUGAGGACUUUAGGAGGGCUGCAGUGUGAGUCUUACAUCACCAGGGGCAGUGCAGGGGCAGAGUUUCGGACUAAAUGCUCCUCUGGGGGCCAGUGGUGCCUGGAGUGUGACAACAGAACUGAUCGGUCAGACGCUCAACGCUCACUAAGGUUCCUCAGCCUCUCUGGAUGCUAUCAGGUCACAGACCUGGGCUUGAGGGCACUGUCUCAGCGUGGAGGUCUUCCUCUCCUGGAGCAUCUGAACCUGUCUGGAUGUCUCCUCAUCACUGAGGUGGGAUUACAGGAGCUGGUGUCAGCCUGUCCUGCCCUCAAUGAUGAACACUUCUACUACUGCGACAACAUCAACGGUCCUCACGCUGACACGGCCAGCGGCUGCCAGAACCUGCAGUGUGGCUUCAGGGUGUGCUGCCGCUCUGGAGAGUGACCUUUCACCCAGCCCCACGACCCCCCCCCCAUCAUGGUUCCUCAUCUGCACUUUAAUCACCUGGGAAUAAACCAAUCUCUGUACUUUGUCACUUCAAAUAGUUUCUAGAUAAACAACAAUUCUAGUUAACUCGGGACAUUUCCAUUUCCAUCUGUAUUUUUAGGAAAUACUCCUUUAGAAAAAUAUAUGGGUAUUGGAUGUAUGAAGUAUCCGCAAAUGUAAAUUCUGGUUCCAUAUUUUGAGAAAUCGAUUCUUUUGCAUUUUCAUUUGAGUUGCAAAAAAGCAGACGUUAUAUGUGAGCACCAAGUACUUGUCGUUUCUGUAGUGAAAUGAACCAUGUUUCACAGAAGUUGACACCAGGUAUCCUGUAGUUUCUGACUUGGUCCACCACCUCUGCUCCUACUUGCUUAUUUUAGAUCUCUGAUUUGUGAUUGCUGUAGUCUUACUUGGUUAAUUGAAAUUAGAAGUAAGAAACAUCAGAUAAUUAAAUGUUGUGAUGUGAGUUCUCUUCACAUGAUGAUACACACAGCUUGACCUACAUUUUGGGAGUGGUGAUUCACACGGUGGAAGAUACUGUUUCAUCAUAAUGGUGUGUAACGUCAGUGACUGUUAAUAAUCUGACGGUACUGCAUAGUCCUGGAGAACACUGAUCAUGUCACUACUAGAGAUGACAUGUGGCCCGAUCACUGUUAGAAUUGCCUCAGAUGUGGGCAGGCAUGUCAGGUAUAGAGUUAUGGUGGUAUUUGGCUGCAGGUAAUACCCUUAUCCCAUAUGUUGGAUUUCAACCUCUAAAAUGACAUUCAUAAUGCUUCUCAUCUUUCUCCUUUGUGGCUAGAAACAUUGGAUUGUUCUUAUAUUUUCCCUUUGUCAUUGUAUUGAAUGAAUGGUAAGGGCACUGAAAUUCACCAGCAUUCACAUAAGCUCUCCCAGGCCAGAGGGUUACUUCACAAAAUGAUCUCCUAGACAUGUAUACAGUUGAAUGACAAAAUGAAGCAGAUUUGAGAAAUAGCCCCUACUCUGUGAGACCCACUGUGAGUGCUGGUCUUUAUACAUAGCACAUCCAACUUCUGGAGACCCAUUAUUUGCUUGUUCAAACAAUCUGCAUGAGAAGUUCUAUUGGUUAUGUACAGUUCAAAAGGAGAACAAUAAAAGUAUAUUGGAUUUAAA